AUGCAAGUCAAUGGGGUCCCCAUCGGCGGCGACGACGCCGACGCCAUCGUCAACAGUGGUACCGUUUACAUGGUCAUGGUUGACGCCGUGACCGCUGCGGACUUCGCUUCAAUCCCCGGCUGAGGCUACUAUCAAGACAGCACAGCGUCCAAGAUGUACACGUGCAACCCCUCCCGUCUUCACCGACUCGUUCCCCGGCGGAUCCACGGUGUGGACCAUCUCCAAAGACACCUUCAACUUGGGCCAAGUUGACGACACGAACUGCUUGGCCAGCGUGAUGGGUGGCGCCCAAUGGCCCCGAUGGGGCGGUGGGGCGGCCGGAGGUGCGGGCCACAUCUUGGGCGACGCUUUCAUGCAGAACCUUUACACGACGUUCAAAUCCAACAAUGCGCGUGUUGGGUUUCCCGAUUGA